CUUUUCCUUUGUGGUUUGUUUCUAUGCAGCUCAGUGUGUCUGUGAAGAUAAACCACCCCAGUGUCUGUUUGUCAACCAUGAGUUCAGUUGUGUUUUCAUCUGCACUGUCUCAUCUCAGGUGUGAACCGUAACACCAGAACAUCUGAUCUGUGCUUGAAGGUCAGGUGGAGAUGAAGAUCGCAGCCUUCAACGUCAAGAACCUGGGCAUCAAAAAGGUCACAGACCAGACGGUGGUUGGAUACAUCUGCAAGAUCCUGUGUCGGUACAGUGUGGUGUUCAUCCUGGAGGUGGUGGAUAAGAGUGGAAGAGCCAUGAAGAAGUUACUGCAACGACUGAACAGCAUCAGUUCUAAUCCCUACUCCAUGACGUCCAGUCGUCCUCUAGGGCGACACCACUACAAGGAGAAGUUCGUCUGCUUCUACAGAGGAGCUGAGGUGACUCUGGAGGCGUGUCAUCAGUAUGAAGAUAACCAGGCAGGAGAUGAAGACGCCUUCGCCAGAGAACCCUUCAUCCUGCGCUUCAGCUGUCCCACCACACUUGUGAAAAACCUGGUCCUGAUCCCGGUCCACACUAAACCAGAGGACUCGUUGAAGGAACUGGAUGAGCUGCAUGACGUGGUGGGAGUCAUCAGGAACAAGUGGAAAACCGAUAAUAUUCUGAUUCUGGGGGACUUCAACGCAGACGGACGUUAUCUGUCCAAGAGGAAAAUGGAGACGAUCCGUAUCCGCUCACAGCCGUACCACUGGCUGAUCAAUGACACUGUGGACACCACCAGCAGUAACCUGAAUGACCACACCUAUGACCGGAUAGUUGUUUAUGGUCGGCCUAUGCUUAACUCCAUCGUUCCAGGUUCAGCCAAGUCCUUUAACUUCCAGAAGGAGUUCCACCUGAACGAUGACACGACUCUCAGUAUCAGUGAUCACUAUCCAGUGGAGGUGGAACUGAAGAUGGAUCCCAAACAUGAUGGACUAAGAGGACUGAAGACACCCAGGACAGGAGGACCCAGUCCAAACACAGGAAAAGGACCGAAGAAAAGAGUUCCAGAGCAAAGGAAGAGGAGGAACAGGGCCCCGAAGAGAAAAGCAGCAGCAGCAGCAGCAGCAGCACAGUCCAACCUGACAACUGCAGCAGUGAAGAGAAGACGCAUUCACAAAUGAGCAACACACUUACUGAUAUGUGUAAACACACACACACACAUUUCUACAUAUAUACACACACACACACACUGAACCCCUUCCAUGGUUCUCACUGUUUCACCUUUACACCUGUCAGGCUUUUACAUAUUUUUGACACAUUGUCUCCCAUAGAUUAUGAAGUCGAACAGAUAAAUGAAUAUAGAUUGUUUUAUUUGAAUACAUUUAAUACAAACCCACUGUAUGUAGUUCAGUAGAACAGUAGAACAAUGAAGUGCAAUAAAAGACCAUGUGAUCAGGA